AUGGCGCGGCAGACUGAAUCUGCGCCCGGGCUGCUGCUGCUGCUGCUGGGUUCGCUGAUGAUCAAGUGCCGACAGGGCUGGUCCAAGGAUCCCCCACCGGCUCGGCCCAUGCUUGGCGAGGCCAUCAACAAGACCGCCUUGGAGGAAUUGGCGUGUCAAGCUGCGGCGAUGAGGGGCAGUCUGCGCAGAACUGAGCCUGCGGACAAGUGGGGUCUCUGCCUGUCGAUAACUGGAAGGGGCAAGGAGACGGUCAGGGCUAUUAUGCCGUGCCAAAAGGCUGAAGGGCCCCGAGGCGGACACGAUUUCCAGGCGCACGAGGCAUUGCAACGGCAUUGCAACCACACUAACCGUGCCCAAGCUCAUGGUUUAUGGUACUGCCGGUUACACGGGGCGCGCAUGGCUGCGGCGCACGCCAAGUCGCCCAGCCUCCCUGUCGUCGUAGCCGGACGCUCUCCCGAGCCGUUCGCCAAGCCGUUCAGGGAGCUCGGGGCCGAGCUUCGGGUGCAAGCCCAGCGUCAUAGACGCCGUCGUGACCGACAUAUCGGCUCUACUCAACUGGUCCGGUUCCUGAUUGCGCGCACCCGAGCUUGA